CGAAACUACAGUACGUCGUUUCCAUGGAAACGCUGUUGUCAAGACGACAAGGACGCGAGCACACAAAAUCUUAGUUCAAUUCUAAUUUGUUUAGAAGUUCUUCAAGCGUCGUCUCAAUUCGCAGGCGACCGUUUUCAAUUCUACACUUUAAUAAUCUGUUUUAAAAGGACACCACAAAUUGGUAAGUAAACAAGCGGUUCAUUAAAACCAGCGAGCGUAGCAAUAAAUGGCGUUAUGCUACGUACUUAUGUUUAGCUUCAUGUUUUCAACAGUUGGCAUUAGCUAACGCAACUUUACAGGGUUGUCCAUGUAUAACAGAAAAGGUUCAACAGAGUCAGAAAUGACGGCUGCUGCCAGUGCGAGGAAAUUCAUAAAGAAACCAGCCACGUACCACUUGACCAUUGCCACACAGCUUCCAGAGAACACCAAUUGCCUGGCCUCUUCAGAUGACGGCACAUACCUUAGCCUGGGUCACUCUGGCGGCUUUUCUGUGUGGCAUGCGAGUAGUCUGAGCAGUGAGUCCGAGUGGCUGCAAGACAGACUCGAGAUUACUUCCAUUCACAUGACCCGCACCAGUGAAACUGUCUAUUUGCUCGGCACGAUUGACGAUAUGGGUGUUGCCAGAGUCUUCGUGUAUAACUUAGAAGGCAUUUAUCCCUUUAGUGUUAUUAACUUGCUGGAUGAUAUAAACAAGAGAAGUGUUUGCUUGUCCUUUGAAAUAUCUAAAGGAGGCGAACAUGGCGCUAUAAUAAUGAGGUGCAAUAGUGAAAUUUGGCUCGAAAUCUAUUACUUUCCCAUCCAGGACUGGCUGAGAGAGUUAAAGGAUCCCAAAAUUUCAGCGAACAUGAAAUGGUCGCCUGCUGUUCGUGUCAAUAGAGUCAAUCCAUCAACAGCUGCAACCGCGACAGAGUUCACCACCAUCUUGUCUCACUUCUUAGUUUUGGAUGAAACGAGCGAGCCGCCGAGACAAUGCACUCCACACUUUCUUCUGCGCUGUGGUCAAAAUUGUGAAAAGAAUAAAGCAAAGCCAGGAUCCCCGCACGCUGUUUGUUUUUGGUGGAACGGAAGUUACAAUCUUCUCUACCUGACACUAUCCAAAACUCCAAAGGCCAAACAAGAUCCUGAACCGUCCCCAUUGGUGCUGUGGCCCAACGCAGCUGAAAUCAUCUGCUCCGCCGUCAGUCGAUGCACUCGUUUCAUUGCGCUUGGCCUCAGCAAUGAUUUGCUGUGUGUCUGGGACAGGCUGUCUGGCUCUCCGUUGUCCAUCUCCGGAGUCUCAACAGACAGUGCCUUCCUCAGGCUGCAAUUUGUGGAUUACUGGCCUGCGUGCCCCGAUAAUACCCAGGCUUUAAUCGCGGGUGAAAUCCACCUUGUGACGCUUUGCGAGAGCGGAGCCGUUCACGUCAUAAGCACGGGCCGAGGAGCAGCAACCCGCACUGAGCAGCUCUCUCCAAGGCCAAAAGACUGUGGCGACCUGCCGACCGUUAUUGCAUCAGUGUCCUUCCUUCAGGGCCUGUCACUGGUGGUGCGCCGAAAUGGGAAAAUGUUCCUGCAAGAUGUCGUCAACACAGCCACGGUGUGCGUCUUGAGCCUUCCUGCUCAUCAUCAGCUGGCUACCCCCUGCAAUCCCAUCUAUUCUCUGAAUGUCAAUCAGCGAAUUCUCUUCAUACGAGCUGACCAGCAGCCUAUCCCUGGCACUUCCUCCCUCGACGACCAUCAUCAGAGUCAACUACUCAUGCUGCGUUUUGAUGAGCAUGACGCCAUCAAGCCGUAUAUUGUUUCAUAUCCAGAAUCUCCGUGGCAACAAAAAACAAGCGUAGUGACCGGAGAGGAUGCCUGCAACUUGUAUCUCCAGCAAAGAGCGCUGUCAAUGGAUGAGAGGCACAAAGCUAUAACGCAGACUUGGAAGCGACUGCGGUGUGCCACCACCACAUAAAAGCGUAAUGGACAGCAAGUCAUUUCUAUUUUACUCAGAUGUGACAUUUUCAUGGGAACCAGACAUAUAGUUGUAACUUUGACUUACUAAUUGAAUUGCUUCCAGGACCAAGCUUGCAACUCAAUUUACUUCUUCUGUAUAGCAAAUCCAUUUUUCCCCCCUUCAAAUGAACUGUCAUGCCAUUAAUCUGUUCCAGCCCAUAUUUCUUUUAAGAUAGCUCUGGUUUA